GUAUCUUUCCUGUCGAUGCUGUAGCAGUGUAUACGUACAGUAGCGUACGAUGGCCAACCAAUGAUCAAGCCAUUUCUACUGUACACUGCUGCCUUAGCAAGAUUUACUGAAACAAGAUGUACAAGCAAGGAACCACAGGUGUAAACACCCCACAAUUGUAGUCUGGAGAUUGUAAAACGUUUAACUCCAUUACGCUAUGGAGAUAGAUGUGAAACAAAGAUCUGAGGAAUGGUUCCAAGAGAGAAAUAAAGUCGUUCUGACAGCAUCCAGAUUUGGGGAAGCCUUGGGGGUUGGCAGAGGAAGGUCAUUUGACUUCCUCUGUUAUCUUGUAAAUUCUGAGUCAGAGGACACCCAAGCUGAUGAAGGAUCAGAACAGAAGGCUAAUAAACAGCAUGGAGUAGACACUGAGACUGCUAUAUUUGAAGCUUACCAGCUGAUAGUGGGAACUAAUGAAUCGCAUCAGGUUCGAGAGUCAGGUUUCUGGGUUCCACGGGAGAAUGACAUGUUCAAGGGGCUGUUAGGUGCUACACCAGAUGCAGUUGUCACUAACAAAACAGGGAAAGUCAUUGGUGUGUGUGAGUUCAAAGCUCCUAUACAUAACUUGUUUGGCUAUGGUGAAAAUUGGGGGAGAAUUCCUAGAUAUUACAUGGCACAGAUUCAAGGACAGAUGUACCUAGCAGGAGUACCUUGGUGUGAUUUCAUGGCAGUUUGCACCAAAACAAAAGAGAUUCUCCUCAAACGUGUCUACUUCCAGCCGUCCUACUGGACGCAUGUCUCCUCAUGUCUCGGCACAUUCUGCCAUAUACUUCAGGAGGCAAGACAGAGGAAGAAGCUAAACAAACCGGUGUUUGAGUUUGAGGCUGCAAGGAAGCUUCAGACUAUACCAUUCCAAAACAACCUGUUUCCUGGUGAGGGGCAUAUUCGUGUCGUGAACUUGUUGAGACGCAAUAACAAAGGAGAAUUUGGUGUGGCAGCCAACCCCAAUAGUUGGUUUACUUACAGCUUCCUAAUGGGUGUCCCGUACAACGUCCCGCCCGUACUGAAACGCUACAGCGAGUCUCUUAUCAACACAAUAGACAAAGACAUACAAGUGAAGAAAGCAAGACCAUCAGUGGAUAAAGUUGAUGAAUAAAUUACAUCUAUUUGUCAAGAUGCAAUAUCUGUUUCAACAGUGCUGAAGUACUGCAUGUAAUAUGACAUGCAAAAUGUACAAAGGGAGAUAAUCAUAUGAUCUGUGUAAAAAUUUAACUCCCAGAAAGAAUAUGUUUAGUGGCAUUGGGAUUUAUCUAUUGGUGUGUCUUUUUUAGGUCACCUGAGACUGAUCGCCUUUUGUCCAACGGCGUCCGGCGUGCGUUCGUAAACAAUUUACAUUUUCAACUUCUCCAAAACCCCUGAACCAAUUUCAAUGAAAUUUUGCAGAAACCUUCCA